AUGAGCGACGAAGCACGUAAUGCCAAUACUCCCGGCGGCUGCAGAACUGCCGACGAGUUGUUCGAUUACGUAAAGAACAACAUCGAGCGGUGCAUCCAGAGAUACAUGAGCCCAGAAGAAGUGGUGGAGCAUAUGCAGAGCUUAGGGAUCGAGCCUGAGAUCACCAGAAUCUUUUGGCGUCAACUCGAAGUGGAGAAUGCAGAAUUUUUCAGCUGGUAUUAUACGGCACGAGAGCUCGUGCGUCAGGUGAAUCGGUUCAACCUUCUCCUCGAGCGGCAAAUGGAGAUGAUGAGGCAAAUGAGGUUGACCCAUAACGAUAUAACUGGUGCAGAUGCAGAGGCGGAUCCUGUUCAAGCCCCGGACACAAAAGCUGUAAAAUCUGAGAGAGCAGAGGAGGUCUCGCGCAAACUUGGAAUGCCAAAUGAGCAGGCUCCUCGGCCUGAAUCCGAUACGAAAGAUGAACGAGGCGAAAACCAACAAGUGAUGCUGAAGCAAAUGCCACAUCGACAGCAACAACAACUUCGUGAGUGGCCACUGACGCAGCAGCAGCAAGUUCCUCAGCAGCUUCAAAUGCAAGCGCCGAAUCAACAGAAACAGCAAAUUCCUCAGCAGCCUCAAACGCAAGUGCCGAAUCAACAGCGACAGCAAGUUACUCAGCAGCUUCAACUGCGAAUGCCGAAUCAACAGCAACAAGUUAUUCUGCAGCUUCGAAUGCAAGUGCCGAAUCAACAGCAACGGCAACAGCAAGUUCCUCAGCAGCUUCGAACGCAAGUGCCAGUUCAACAGCAACGGCAAGCUACUCAGCAGCUUCAACUGCAAAUGCCGAAUCAACAGCAAAUUCCUCAGCAGCUUCGAACGCAAGUGCCAGUUCAACAGCGACAACAAGUUCCUCAGCAGCUUCAACUCCGAAUGCCGAAUCAACAGCAAGUUACUCAGUGGCUCGCUCUUGCUACUUCGCCGGUUACAAUGCCUCGAAACCCUUCAGCCCCCGCCGCUGGUGCUCUCAGAGGCAUUGUGCAUCAUCUGCCGCCUGAUGAGCAAUGGCUCCAGCUGAGACUUGGACCGAGCUGUGAUCCGCCACGACAGCAAUCUCGGCAAGAUGGGCCGAAUCGAAAUCUUGAUCUUAAUCAGCUAUCACAGGAGGUACGGGAUGAGCAACUGUUGCUAGUGAACGAACAAAUCCUACUGCAACAUCAGCUGCUUCGUGGAGUUCAACCAAACCAGCAGCAGCAACGGCAGCAAUCCGUUAACCCCAGCCAGCAUCUGGGAAAUGUCAUAAGACUCAGUCCCCAACAACUGCAACAUGGAGCUGAUCACCGGCCAGGCCAGCGUCCACGUCUUGAUGGGCCAUCAAUACCUAUCCCAACCCAAGAGCGGCGACUGCAACCGCAACAGCAAUUGAGAGAUCAUGGUCCUGAUCCCGGCCAUCAGCAAGAGCAGCAACCAAAGGGCAGCGGUCAGUCUUGA